UCGUCCGCGUUUGACCAUAGCGAGCUGCGGCAGGGCUGACGUAAAGUUGCAUGUCCGUGGCUGAAUAGGCGCUACCGGCUGUCGCUACUGGGGUUUUAUCUCCAUUUUUUUGAAUCAAAGUGAUUUUGUUUCCCAAUCUCAGCGCGCUGCCGUAACAACUGGGUUGGACAUGGCGACGGAGAUAACAAAAGGUGUGGAGCAAGUCUCAGUGGGUGAGCUUUAUGUGUCGGACAAAUGUGGAAGCGACCAGGAUGGAGAUGGCACAGAGCAGAAACCCUUCAAAACUCCUCUCAAGGCUCUGAUAUUUGCUGGGAAGGAGCCAUUCCCGACCAUCUAUGUAGAAUCACAGAAGGACGGAGAGCGUUGGGCGGUGAUCUCUAAGACACAGAUGAAGAAUGCAAAGAAGGCCUUUAACCGUGAGCAGAUAAAGAAUGAUGCCAAAGAAAAGAAGGAGGCAGAGGACAACGAGAGGAGAGAGAAGAACCUGGAAGAAGCCAAGAAGAUCAUCAUUGAGAAUGACCCCAGCCUGCCUGAGCCUGAAGUGGUUAAAAUUCAUCAUCUGGAGCCAAAGAGAGGUCAGAGAGUCAAAGUGUUUGGAUGGGUUCAUCGCCUCAGGAGACAGGGGAAGAACCUGAUGUUCAUUGUGCUGAGAGAUGGAACUGGUUUCCUCCAGUGUGUCCUGUCUGAUAAACUGUGCCAGUGCUACAACGGCUUGGUGUUGUCCACAGAGAGUACUGUGGCUCUGUACGGGACUGUCACUGCAGUUCCUGAGGGGAAACAGGCGCCCGGUGGUCACGAGCUGCACUGUGACUUCUGGGAGUUGAUUGGCUUAGCCCCAGCGGGCGGGGCCGACAACCUGCUGAACGAAGAGUCAGAUGUGGACGUCCAGCUGAACAACCGGCACAUGCUGAUCAGGGGAGAGAACGUCUCCAAGAUCCUCCGAGUCCGAUCCACCGUCACACAGUGCUUCAGGGACCACUUCUUCAGCCGCGGCUACUACGAGAUCACUCCUCCGACCCUGGUGCAGACUCAGGUGGAGGGCGGCUCCACGCUGUUUAACCUCAACUACUUUGGCGAGCAGGCGUACCUGACGCAGUCCUCCCAGCUCUACCUGGAGACCUGCAUACCUGCCCUGGGGGACACCUUCUGCAUCGCGCAGUCGUACCGGGCUGAGCAGUCUCGCACCCGAAGACACCUGUCCGAGUACACUCACAUAGAGGCUGAGUGUCCCUUCCUGUCGUUUGAGGAUCUGCUGAACAGACUGGAGGACCUGGUGUGUGACGUGGUGGACCGAGUGCUCAAAUCACCCGCCGCUCAGCUGCUCUAUGACAUCAACCCGAACUUCAAACCCCCCAAGAGGCCGUUCCGGAGGAUGAACUACACCGAAGCCAUCGAGUGGCUCAGAGAGCACGACGUCAAGAAGGACGACGGCUCCUACUAUGAGUUUGGAGAGGACAUCCCAGAGGCUCCAGAGAGGUUGAUGACAGACACCAUCAACGAGACCAUCUUGCUCUGUCGAUUCCCGGCUGAGAUCAAAUCCUUCUACAUGCAGCGCUGUGCUGAGGACACACGUCUCACUGAGUCGGUCGACGUGUUGAUGCCGAACGUUGGUGAGAUUGUCGGAGGCUCGAUGCGUAUCUGGGACGCUGACGAGCUGCUGGAGGGAUACAAGAGGGAGGGAAUCGACCCGACCCCGUACUACUGGUACACUGACCAGAGGAAGUACGGCACGUGUCCUCACGGCGGUUACGGCCUGGGUCUGGAGCGUUUCCUCACCUGGCUGCUGAACAGACAUCACAUCCGGGACGUCUGCCUGUAUCCACGAUUCAUCCAGCGCUGCCGACCCUGAACACACACACACACACAUACAUACUCGCACAAAUCCUGUUAGUGUAUCUGGACCUGGCACAUGAGCCAUAAAAUGUAUCGCUAAAUCAAAUAACAAAGAAUUCAAUGUUUUGUCCUGUUCUGUUUUCUGAAGCGUUCACAUCUGAACAGUGAACUCCAUCGUGUCUCACCGCAGACAGAACUCCCACCUGCUGCCUCGUAUCUCACAGCCUCCUCCUCAUUUGUUCUGACUUGAAACCUGAAUCUGAUCAUUUCUGCCUCUGCUGAUGCUCCAUGGCUGAUUAUUUAACCGGUAAUAAACACUGUAGUUUCUUGUGAAAGAAUUGAGCAAUGUCUCAAAUGUGGUUUUCGGAGCUGCUCAAUAGUACAUUUUUCUAUUGUAAUUCACAUCAAAAAAGUCUUGAAUGUAAGUUGACUGAACUUGCAGCCACCCUGUGCUUUCCUAAAAAGUGGACUUUCACAAUAAAUGUCUUUAACUUCAGGAACCACAUACUGUAGUUGGCUAAAAUAAAUCUGAUGUCAAAUUUACAUUAAAAAUCACACAGUGAAACACAGAAUCAUUAAGAUGCAGAACAAAAUCUUUAGAAAUGUUCGUUUGGGUGUUUGUGGCCCAAAAAACCAACAAACAAAAAAACCUCACAGUGUAAGAAGUGUGUGUGUCAGAUUCACUGAUAUAAACAGAUUCACUUACUGUAACUGAACAAUCUUGAAUGGAAUAGUGUGUCCUUCCCUCUGAAGAUGUGUGGAGAAAAAAAACAAGCAUUCACACACACACACACACGCCGUUCCUUCCAUCAUUGUAUUGGAUGACCACCGUCCUGACUCUCUCCUGGUGGUUGGAUGAAGUUAUUUUUUUUUUCUGUCAACAGUUGGUUCAAACUUAAAUCACAAAAACAACAGCGAUGCUUUUGUGCAUGUUUCAUGUAUUUAGGAAAGUUUUACUUCUUUUCUUCAGAGGACCAGCUGGGUCUGGACAUAAAACUGUGGACAGCAGUCUGUCGGCAAAUGAUUCUCAUGGGUAGUUUGGAAAUGUGACGCAGGUUUCAGCCUCAGGGGGUCUCAUCAUGUUUAUCCUGCCUCUCUGUCUGAAAAUAUUCAGCUCAAUAAACUGCACUUAAAUUACGUGUAAUUCAAACA